AUGCACAACCCGCAUGCCAUUCCCAGGAUUCCCGCAAUGGCCCUUUAUUUCCGACCUGCAGAUCAUCCGGUCAUUCCAGCCAUCGAUGUAUCGCUCGGAUGGUCGGGGUGCGGGAGGGAGCACAAGGUUAAAUUGGACCCAGUCUGGGCAUCGGGUGUUCCGACGGGCCACAAUAAUGGGAAGACCCUGGUCCUGGUGCUGGUCCUGGUGCUGGUGCCUGGAGCAAUUUAUCUAGCAAGGCCCAUAGAUUCAGGAACCAUCCCCUCGACAUGCUUCUAUGCUCAAUGUCGAGACUGCUUCCAGAGUCAGAGGGGUUCGAAAUCUUCCGAGGGCACCCCUCAGAUCCAGUUCGUCACCCGGGAUCAACCGAACAGGGGACAGGGAGGCAAGGGCACCAACAGGACACCACCUCCUCAGGGACAGAACAAGUCGGCACACAUGUCUCCGCAGCGGUCAACGGUCGAGAAAAAUAAGCAACAUGAGAUAAGGCUGACCUAUCUCUCAGCAG